UUGAAGACUCACCAUCCUUGUAUCGAAACUCGAAACUACCAUGGCAGGUUCAGAAAUCCCCAACGAGCCGCCACCGAGCUAUACCCAGGCGACUGGUUCCUCCACCACCUCCGCCGCAGGCUCCAGCAGCAAUCCGACCGCCAGUACUCAUGACUCACACCUCAAUGUUCCCGGAGCAUCGUCCUCCAGCAGUAUCCCCGAGGCAUACCGUCGUUCCAUGGAACUGGAAGCUCGACCGUUACCUGAAGGUUGGGUGCGAACCUUAGACACGGAGAGCGGCCACCAAUUCUACGUCGACACUCGCGCCACUCCACCACGCAGUACCUGGGAUCACCCAUACGAUGACGAACAAUACCUCGCGACCCUGUCAGGGCCUGAGCGUGAACGCAUCGAGCAAGAGAACAUGACAUCGUACCUCGGAAAUGGCAAACAUGACCCAAGCAUGGAGGAUAUCAUCCACGGACACUCGGAUCUCGAAGACGACGCAGGAGAUCACAAGUCCAAGCCGAAAUUCAACGGAGCUCCGGUCGCAGGUGGUGCGGCAGCUGGAUCGGCGGCAGCAUCUUCUUCCGCACAUUCAGAUCUGCCACCUCGGCCAACCGACGGCAAGGGCAAAGGCAAGGACGGCCGCUCCUUUGGCCGCAAGUUCAAGGACAAGGUCACCGGCACAACCCACGAAGAGCGUUCAGUGGCUCGUGCGAAACGCGAAGAGGAAGAACAGAAGAUGUACGAGCAGCAUCUGCGAAUUCGCGAGGCGAUGCAGAAGGCCAUGCGAACCGGCGAGUCGCAAUAUCUGGGCAAGGAUCGCAACGGCGAGGAUGUGUGGUUACAACCGCCGCCGAGAGGACAGAUGGCGUAUGGCGGAGGCUUCGGUGGCGGUGGCAUGAUGGGAUAUCCGGGAGCUGGACGGAUGGUUAAUCCGUACAUGUCUGGCCCUUACGCUCCUGGUGGCAUGUACAACCGUCCGAUGGCUCCUUUUGGAAGGAGGGGAUACGGCGGCGGGACGGGGAUGGGAAUGCCGAUUGCCCUGGGAGGCGGCUUGCUCGCCGGUGGACUCCUCGGUGGCAUGAUGUUUUAA